AUGGGUAUUGAUGGCUGGAGUACAGCAGCCAUCUUGGACCAGAAGAUGGUCCUUUUUGGGGAACAGAAGGCUCGGGAGAUAAAGCCAGACGGAACCACCAAGCGCUCCCAGCGCUUCUCUCGCCUGGCUGCUGCGCCCCAGCGAACGCACUCCCCGCCCCGCGGCGUUGGCGCGGAGAUCGGGGUCCGCACACUGUCCCCUCCACAGGCCAUGGGGCGUCUGGCGCUCAUUCUGCUCCUGCCACAGGUGCUGGCCACGCUGGGCGGCCUCGGGGGCUCCCGGGUCGAUGAAGCAAAGUGUAACAGGACCAGGCAAGCUAUGUGUGGUGAGAAAUGCAUCCCUGUGACCUGGCUCUGCAAUGGAGAGCAAGAGUGUCCCGAUGGGACUGAUGAGCAGUGUGAGGUACUGACAGCCUGUCCUGGCCAAAAAAUCCAGUGUCCGGGAAGUUCUCUGUGCCGUGAUGCUCGGGAGCUCUGUGAUGCCCCUGAGGACUGUGAAGAGGGUUCUUAUGAAGGCCGCUGUCCCCAGAGCCACUGCCUACCUGGGCAAUGGCAGUGCAAGAACAGGGUGUGUGUGGCAGACGGCUGGAAGUGUGAUGGCACCAACAACUGCGGGGACUCCUCCGAUGAGGACGUCUGUGAUGUAGAUGAGUGCUCUAUGGCAUACAGUCCUUGUGGUCAACUAUGUCAUAACACACCAGGCUCAUACUCCUGCGAGUGUGUUCAAGGUUACCAGCUCUACAAUGGCACUGACUGUCAAGUUACAGAUGAUGCUGUUAAAAUUCUUACAGCAGCAGAUGGAGAACUUGGUGUCCUGAAUCACAGAACAGGCAUCUAUGAGACUCUGUUACCUAUAAAAUCAAAGCCUACAUCUAUUGCAUAUGAUCUUGAGAGAAGCAUGUACUUCUGGGUGGAUGAAGUUUUAAAUAUGUUUGUUCUUGGGAAGCUGAAAUCUGUUCCCCUCUAUCCAGAGCUUAGAGCAGUGAACAGUAUCUCCUUGGACUGGUUCACAGGACAGCUGUACUGGGCUAGCAGCUUUGCAAGGGUCAUCUGUGCUGGCUUAAGUGAUGGCAGAGGUUAUGUCAAAAUCUUGGAAAAGGAUCUUGUUCCACAACAGCUAAUAGUGUUUCCUGCAAGGAAGUACUUGUACUGGGUGAAUCAAGGUGAGAGGGACAUGAGGACUAUUGAAACUGCAGGGAUGGAUGGCUCUGAUAGGAAGGUGCUUGCAGUUGUAACCAUGGAGGAGCCGAUAGGAUUAAGUCUUGACCAUGUGACUGACAGGCUCUACUGGAUCAGCAAAUAUAAAAAGUCCAUAGAGACAGUAAAGGUGGACGGCAGGGGGAGGCAUACCUUCCCUGAGGUCUUCUUGGAGGAUGAACAUCCACUGGGACUAGUCGUAUUUGAGAACUCUUUCUUCUGGGCAAAUAAAAUACAGCUGUUCCAUACUUCACCCCGCACCCCACAAGAGAGAGUGGUGCUGCUUAAUGCCUCCAUAUCUGCUUUCUUGGUCCUCCACAAAUCCCAGCAGCCAAAGAGCAGAUACCCAGUGUGUGUUCCAGGGGCUUGUAGCCACUUGUGUCUUCUGUCUCCUGUCCGUCCCAAGGGCUACAAGUGUGUGUGUCCAGAAGGAAUGUUUCUUCUGCCUUCUGGUACAUGUAGUGAGUUAAAACUUGUGUUUUCUUCUGGCAAACAUCUCUACUUGUUGAAAGUUGGAUUUAUGGGAACUGCUAUAGAGAGAACUCUACUUCAGGAGCAUCCUUGGAAUAUCUAUUUAUUGGAUAUUGACUGGAAAAGAAACACCAUCUACUGGACAAAUGCCCAAGGAUAUCUGUUCUACUCUACUAGUUAUUCGGGAGAAAAGCAAAAAAUUUGGACAGAGCAUUCAGUCUGCUCAGCAAAUGUGGACAUAGCAACUGGGAACUUGUACUGGCUGCCCUGUGACAGAAGCACAAUUCAAAAGACAAGAAUUACUGGCCCAGACACACACGUCCUCUACAGAACGAGCAGCAUCAUACUGUACCUUCUUCUGGAUUGGCCACAGAGGGUGCUCUACUGGGUAGAAAGUGGGAAACACUUGCAAAGUAUGACUCUGGAUGGCAGAAAGAGACAGGAAGUCUGGAGAGGCUCCUGGUCAGCGGACACCCACAUGGCCUUGGACCUCUGCUCCUCUAGCAUCCUCUGGACCACCAAAGGGUCAGACUUGCAAAGCCUGAGUCUCCUAAGAAACAGGACAUACACUUUGAACAAGACCUGGAGUGAUGGGCUGAUAGUGGCCCACGAGCCCUACCUCGUGACUGUAAACAGAUCAGCUCUGGUGCUGUGGGACAGGAGGAUGCAGGCACCCUUCUUGGUGUUGAAAGAGCCAUCUAUAAGGAAGGUGAUCAUCCUGGCAGAGAACUUGCAGGUUCCAGAUCCUGAGAUUGAAGGAGAAGCCACCCACUACCCUCCCACCGUCCCUCCUCCACCCCCUCUGCUUUGCUCUCGCUCCUCUAUCUCCUGUCGGAAUGGGAAGGAAUGUGUUUCUCGGGAGAAGCUCUGUGAUGGGAAGCAGGACUGUCUGGAUGGCUCAGAUGAAAAGAACUGUUCCCAGUUCUGCAACAGACCAGGGGUUUUCCAGUGUCUGGAUGGAAACAAGUGCAUUGAGGAGAAAUACCACUGUGAUGGGGCUCAGCAGUGCUUGGAUGGGUCUGAUGAGCAGGACUGCUGGAAGCCCAUGGAAGAUUGUUCUCUGCGCUGUGACAACAAGACCCGCUGCAUCCCUAAGAGCUGGCUCUGUGAUGGCAACCUGGACUGCUCUGACAAAAGAGAUGAACAAGGAUGCACUCAUGAAAAAUGCAGCACAUCUGAAUUUAGAUGUGAGAAUGGCCAGUGCAUCUCUUAUUCUCUGCGCUGUGAUGGGAACCGAGACUGCCUGGACCACUCGGAUGAAGAAGGCUGUCUGCUUGCUGGGCCCCCACGGUGUCCAGCAGGGGAGGUGAAGUGCCCACGGAGUGGAGAAUGUGUGUUGGCAGAGUGGAUCUGUGACCAUGACUUAGACUGCAAAGAUGGAGCCGAUGAGAAGGACUGUGACCCCAAGGAGCUCCAGUGUGGCUCGAGGCAGUGGUCCUGUGACAGCAGAGACCAGUGUGUUCCUGACUCCUGGCACUGUGAUGGCCAGAGGGACUGCAGGGAUGGCAGUGAUGAGGCUGGCUGCCCCCCCUCGGAGUGCCGGCGUUCCGAGUUCCAGUGCCUCAACUCUGCCUGCCUCAACCGCAGCCUGGUAUGCGACGGGACGGAGGACUGUGCCGACGGCUCCGAUGAAGGUGGCGAGUGCUCGUUGUCAUGCAGCCCACGACAUUGUCCCCACACCUGCUACCGGUCCCCACUUGGGCCUGUAUGUGCCUGUGAGCCAGGCUUUGAGCUGGAAAGCAGUGGCGUGGACUGCAAGGACGUGGACGAGUGCCGGAAGGCGGGUGGUCAGCUGUGCAGUCAGACAUGUAUUAACACCAAGGGCUCCUACACCUGUACCUGUCAUCCCGGCUACUUUCUGGAGCCUGAUGGCCACACUUGUAAAGCAACAGGUACUGAACCAAUCCUGCUUGUGGCAAUUCAGUUUAACCUGCUCCUUUAUGGAUUGAGGAGCUUGAAAGAAGAUGUUCUGGCAACCACAGACAAGAACCUAAUUAUUUUCUCUAUUGACUAUGACUUAGUGGAUCAGAAAAUCUUUUGGACAGAUGUUGGUGCAGAAACUAUUAAGUGGAUAAGUAUGAACACAAAGAAGAAAGGAACAGUGGUAAAAGGGAUAAAAUCAGACUGCCUAGUCGUUGACUGGAUUGGGAGGAAUCUCUACUGGAUUGAUGGGACAGCCGGGCAGAUUUUGGCCAUUGCAUCAACUACUGUUUGGAGAGGAAAAUCUGAGUAUACAGUUGUUCUGGAUAAUGACUUGAACCAACCACGGUCUUUGGCUUUAGAUCCUCUAAAUGGGUUAAUGUACUGGUCUGAAAUUGGAGGUGAACCACAAAUAGAACAAGCUGGAAUGGAUGGUAGCAACAGAAAAAUACUCAUCAAUCAAGGUCUUGGUUGGCCAACUAGCAUAGCUCUUGAUCAGUUGAGUUGGAAGAUAUUCUGGUCUGAUGACAAAUUUCACUCUAUUGGCUCUGCCAAUCUAGAUGGUACUGGUAUUAGAAUGUUGCAGCUAACACAAAUCAAGAGCCCCUUUUCGGUUGCUGUGUUUGAAGAUGAAGUUUUCUGGUCUGAAGUGAAAACAAGGACAGUACAGCACAUGAAGAAGUCAACAGGCAAGAACAGAGCCGUCCUCAUCAAGCGUUUUGAACAGCCUUAUGGAGUCAAGAUAAUGCAUGAAGUGCUGCAACCCAGGUCUUUUAACCCUUGUCUGGACACUAAGUGCUCUCACUUGUGUCUUCUGAGCCCAAAAUCAAAGGGAAGCUGUCAUUGCCCAGUUGGACUCCUGCUUGCAGAUGAUGGCAUCAGCUGUGCUCCACCCAAGGAGUCUGCAUUUAUGUUCCUUGUAUUGUCCACAGUUGUCAUGCAGGUCUAUCUGAAAAACCUAGAAGCUGUACUCGGGCAAGAAAUGUUGCCAGAACAUAGGAUACUUCCCUUUACCAAUGUGAACCAGCUUGCAUCAGUGGACUACCUUGUCCAGGAAAAGACUCUCUACCUUUCAGAGUUGGAUAAAGGUGAUAUCAGGCUACUGAGGCUCAAAGAAUCUGGAAAGCUCUCUUGGAGGAAAAUCCUGUCUGUGGAGGGGGCAGUGGUCCAUCUUGCUGUGGACUGGUUGAGUGGAAACAUAUACUGGAUUGAUAGUGAAAACCCUCACAUCAAUGUAGCUACCUCCAAAGGCCAGUAUCCCAUUGCCUUGCUCAGUGAAAAUCUUUACCACCCAGUUGCUGUUGUGCUACACCCACCUACUGCAGUCAUGUGCUUUGUGGACCUGGGUCCCCAGGGUGGUGGCAGGCUUGGCUCCAGCAUUGAAUGUGCCUCCAUGGAUGGCAACAGGAGAAAGGUGCUGUGGCAGAAAUCCCAGUUCCCUGUGGGUCUGGCCUUUUCGGAUUCAGGGACCCGAAUAUACUGGGCUGAUACUGGGAGGGGACUCAUAGAAAGCAUCCAGCAAGAUGGCUCUAGAUACAGAGUAGACUGCAGAGGAAUUCAAGGCCUUAACCUCUUUACAUAUGGCCAAGGCAUGAUGUUCUGGACAACAAUUGAUGAUGCCCAACUCACUAAAGUGUGGUACAGCAAGGCAGAACUUUCAGAAAAGUGGUGGUUCCAAGUAGACCAGAAGAUUGUGGAUUUAAAAGUUUAUAGUAAACUAAAUCAACAGGGUCCCUAUUCAGACGAAACCCGUUCAACAACUAUAGAUCCAGCAGCUAGAAAAAAGUUGGCUCUGAAAGCUGUGCAGCCCCUCCAGGAUACAGAGCCCACCAAGCCUCAUCCAGGAGGGAUGAAUUACCCUUUCAGCAAAACAUUCACCUCUCCGAGUCCUGCCAAAGAAAGCAAGGCCCCAGAAACUGAGGAGAGAGGGGAGUUUGCUCAGCCUGAGAACUCACAGAGGACAAAAUAUCUGCCCUGUAGCAGCAAUUUCUGUAACAGGAGGGGCGUCUGUAGAAUGGAGGGAGAGCUCAGGAAAUGCAGCUGCAUGAUGGAAUAUGGUGGAGAGUUCUGUGAGGAGGCAGUGCAUAGACCUGCCUCUGGAUACCUCACCCUUGGCUUAACCAUGGCCUUGUCAGUCAUUCUGGUAGCUCUGUCAUCAUUUGUCUAUCUCAGAAGAAAACAUGAAUUAAAAAGAAGCAGCAUGGCCUCGUCAAGAAAUCAGACCCACUACAAAGCAAAUGACCAAGAAGAAGAAAAUCUAAUGAACAGUGAGACUUUUGUCAAUGAAGCCUAUGAUGAACAGGAAUUGUUGACCUCUCUCCAAACUGACUAACCUGAUAUAAAAGAAGCUGG